AUGACGGACAAGACCGCCCCGCGGUGUCAGCUGAGACUGGAAUGGAUCCACGGCUACCGGGGCCACCAGUGCCGCAACAACCUGUACUACACCGCCGGCAAGGAGAUCGUCUACUUCGUGGCCGGAGUCGGUGUGGUCUACAACCCCCGAGAACACACGCAGAAGUUCUACCUGGGACACAAUGACGACAUCAUCAGUCUGUCCAUCCAUCCAGAUAAGAUCCAGGUUGCGACAGGUCAGGUGGGAAAGGAUCCAUACAUCUGUGUCUGGGAUACCUACUCCAUGCAGACUGUCUCCAUCCUGCGGGAUGUGCACACGCAUGGUGUGGCUUGCUUGGCCUUCGACUCAGAUGGACAGCGGCUGGCGUCGGUGGGUCUGGAUGCCAAAAACACAGUGUGUGUUUGGGACUGGAGGAGAGGGCGGGUGCUCGCCACUGCAACGGGACACUCUGACCGGAUCUUUGAUAUCUCCUGGGAUCCAUUCCAGCCCAGCCGACUUGUCAGCUGUGGAGUCAAACACAUCAAGUUCUGGUCUCUGUGUGGGAACUCUCUGUCCCCUAAGCGGGGCUUGUUUGGGCGGGCGGGGGACCUGCAGACCAUCCUGUGUGUGGCCACCGCCAAGGAGGAAGUGACAUAUGGUGGAGCGCUGAACGGAGACAUCUACGUAUGGCGAGGAAUCAGUCUGAUCCGAACCAUCCAGGCAGCACACGGGGCUGGGAUCUUCAGCAUGCAUGCGUGUGAGGAGGGCUUCGCUACAGGAGGCAGAGACGGCUGCAUCCGACUGUGGGACGUCGACUUCAAACCAAUCACCAAGAUCGACCUGCGAGAGGCGGAGCAGGGAUACAAAGGUUUGUCUAUCCGCAGUGUGUGUUGGAAGGCAGACCGGAUCCUUGCGGGGACUCAGGACAGUGAGAUCUUUGAGGUGAUGGUCCGGGACCGUGACAAACCGGUUCUGCUAAUGCAGGGUCACAGCGAGGGCGAGCUCUGGGCGCUCGAUGUUCACCCCAAACAGUCUGUGGCCGUGACAGGAAGUGAUGACCGCUCAGUAAGGCUGUGGAGUCUCCCAGACCACACCCUAUUGGCCCGCUGCAAUAUGGAGGAAGCAGUCCGCAGUGUCUCCUUCAACAAUGAUGGCUCCCAGCUUGCCCUGGGCAUGAAGGAUGGCUCCUUCACCGUUCUCCGAGUCAGGGACAUGACAGAAGUGGUGCACAUCAAGGACAGGAAGGAAGUUAUCCACGAGCUGAAGUUUUCUCCGGACGGCUCCUUCUUGGCGGUGGGAUCAAACGAUGGACUGGUGGAUGUGUAUGCCGUGGGCCAGCGCUAUAAGAAGGUGGGAGAAUGUAACCGGUCCACCUCCUUCAUCACCCACAUGGACUGGUCUGUAGAUGGACGCUUCCUACAGACCAAUGACGGCGGAGGGGAAAGACUCUUCUAUAGAAUGCCAGCUGGGAAGCAGAUGUCUAAAGAAGAAGCCAAGGGCAUCCAGUGGAUGACCUGGACCGGAGUCAUCGGUCAAGAGGUCAACGGGAUCUGGCCCAAAUACUCCAACGUUAUUGACAUCAACUCUGUAGAUGCCAACUACAGCAGUGCAGUUCUGGUAACUGGAGACGAUUUUGGACUCGUCAAACUCUACAGGUUCCCCUGCCUCAAAAAAGCAGCUAAAUUCAAGAAAUAUAUUGGCCAUUCGGCCCACGUGACCAACGUACGCUGGUCAAAUGACCUGCAGUGGGUGGUGAGCACCGGCGGGGCAGACCACGCCGUGUUCCAGUGGCGCUUCCUCCCAGAGGGGGUGAUGAAUGGAGUGCUGGAGCCUCUUUUACAAGAGGGCUACGCUGACUCAAACAGUGGCGAGUCUGACUCAGACCUGUCCGACGUUCCAGAACUGGAUUCAGACAUCGAACAGGAAGCUCAGACCAACUACGAGCGGCAGGUUUAUAAGGAGGAUCUACCUCAGCUGAGGAAGAAGCUGAUUGGCUCGCUAAAGCGUCAGAGGCCUCCGGAGGAGGGGCUCCGCCUACAGUUUGUUCACGGGUACCGGGGUUGUGACUGCAGGAACAACCUGUUUUACAGCCAGGCGGGGGAGGUAGUGUACCAUGUGGCAGCGGUGGGCGUGGUCUACAACCGCCUGCAGCACAGCCAGCGGUUCUACCUGGGCCAUGACGAUGACAUCCUCAGCCUUACCGUGCACCCAGUCAAAGACUAUGUCGCCACUGGCCAGGUUGGGAGGGACGCUGCCAUCCAUGUGUGGGACCUCCAGACACUGAAGUGUGUGUCUCUGCUGAAGGGACAUCACAGCAGAGGAGUGUGUGCUCUGGACUUUACAGCGGACGGGAAGAGCCUUGUGUCAGUGGGUAUCGAUGAAUGUCACUCCAUCGUGGUGUGGGACUGGAAAAAAGGAGAAAGACUGGCUAAAGCAAGGGGCCACAAAGAUAAGAUAUUUGUGGUGAAGAGCAACCCUUUCCGCAUGGACAAACUGGUGACUGUGGGAAUGAAACACAUCAAGUUCUGGCAGCACUCAGGUGGUGGUCUGACUUUUAAAAGGGGCAUCUUUGGAAGCCUCGGGAAGCAAGAGACCAUGAUGUCAGCAUGUUACGGCCGUUCAGAGGAGCUGGUCUUCUCUGGGGCCACCAACGGAGACGUCUACAUCUGGAGAGACACCACGCUGGUCAAAACCAUCAAGGCUCACGACGGCCCCGUCUUCACCAUGUGCUCCCUGGACAAGGGUUUUGUGACUGGAGGAAAGGAUGGCAUCGUGGAGCUUUGGGACGACAUGUUUGAAAGAUGUUUGAAGACAUAUGCCAUCAAGAGGGCAGCACUCUCCCCGUCUUCCAAAGGUUUGUUGUUGGAGGACAAUCCAUCCAUCCGGGCCAUCACGCUGGGACAUGGUCACAUCCUGGUGGGGACAAAGAAUGGAGAGAUUUUAGAGGUGGAUAAAAGCGGACCGAUGACCCUGUUGGUUCAGGGUCAUAUGGAAGGGGAGGUGUGGGGUCUUGCUGCUCACCCCCUGCUGCCCAUCUGUGCCACGGUGAGUGAUGAUAAAACCCUGCGGAUCUGGGAACUCUCCAACAACCACCGCAUGGUCGCCGUCCGCAAGCUGAAGAAAGGCGGGCGAUGUUGUGCAUUCUCACCUGAUGGAAAGGUGUUGGCUGUGGGUUUGAAUGAUGGCAGCUUCCUGGUGGUAAACGCCGACACUCUGGAGGACAUGGUGACCUUUCACCACAGAAAGGACCUUAUCUCUGACAUCCGCUUCUCCCAAGAUGCAGGGAAGUACCUUGCUGUGGCCUCCCAUGAUUCCUUUGUGGACAUCUAUAAUGUUCUGACCAGUAAGAGGGUUGGCAUCUGUAAAGGUGCCAACAGCUACAUCACUCAUAUCGACUGGGACACGCGGGGGAAACUGCUGCAGGUCAACACUGGAUCCAAAGAGCAGCUCUUCUUUGAGGCUCCGCGAGGAAGAAAGCAAAUCAUCAAAGUCACAGAGUUUGAGAAGGUGGACUGGGCCACCUGGACCUCUGUUCUAGGUGUGACCUGUGAGGGGAUCUGGCCAGCGCUGAGUUUCGUCAAUGCUGCAUGUCUCAGUAAAGACCGCAAGCUGCUGGCAACUGGAGACGACUUCGGCUUUCUGAAACUCUUCAGUUUCCCCUGCAGGGGCCAGUUUGCCAAAUUUAAGAAGUACGUGGGCCACAGUGCCAACGUAACCAACGUGCGCUGGUCCAACGACGACUCCUUGCUGCUGUCGGUGGGCGGGGCCGACACGGCACUGAUGAUCUGGAGCCGUGAGCUUCCUGGGCACCGAGAGAGCAAAGGAGUGGACAGCGAGGAGUCGGAUGACGACACUGAGGAGGACGGAGGGUAUGACAGCGACGUGGCCCGAGAGAAAACAACUGACUAUGUCACCAAGAUCUACUCAGCCAGUAUCAGGAACAUGUCAGGAACCAAACCUCACCUUCAGAACAAAGAGGUCCCUGCAGAGGACAGGCCGCCGGUGAGCCGGGCAGCACCUCUGCCAGACAAACUGCUGAGGAACAACGUGACGAAGAAGAAGAAGGUGGUGGAGGAGCUGGUUCUGGAGCACGUCUUCGGUUACAGAGGGUUCGACUGUAGAAACAACCUGCAUUACCUCAACGACGGAGCUGAUAUUAUCUUCCACACCGCGGCCACAGUGGUCACCCAGAACCUGUCUGCUGGAACUCAGAGCUUCUACCUGGAGCACACAGAUGACAUCCUCUGUCUCACGGUGAACCAACAUCCCAAGUACCAGAACAUCAUUGCAACAGGACAGAUAGGUGACCUCACAGAUCUGCCAGAGGCUGAAGUUUGUGGUCUGGCUCCAUCCAUCCAUGUUUGGGAUGCUGUCACCAAACAGACCCUCUCCAUCCUGCGCUGUGCCCAUGCCAAAGGAGUUGGCUACGUCAACUUCAGCGCCACGGGGAAGCUCCUACUCUCUGUUGGGGUGGAGCCCGAACAUACCAUCACAGUGUGGAGGUGGCAGGAAGGCACCAAGGUUACCAGUAAAGGUGGCCACACUGAGCGGAUCUUCGUGGUGGAGUUCAGACCAGACUCUGACACCCAGUUUGUCUCGGUGGGAAUCAAACACGUCAAGUUCUGGACACUAGUGGGAGGCUCUCUGGUCUACAAGAAAGGAGUGAUUGGCUCCGUGGAGGAAGGCCGUGUGCAGACCAUGCUGUCUGUGGCCUUUGGUGCUAACAACCUCACGUUUACGGGGGCAAUAAAUGGAGACGUGUAUGUGUGGAGGGAGCACAUCCUGGUGCGCGUGGUCGCCAAAGCACACAGCGGUCCAGUCUUCACCAUGUACACCACACUGAGAGAUGGACUGAUCGUCACCGGGGGCAAAGAGAGACCGACUAAAGAGGGCGGGGCCGUCAAGCUGUGGGACCAGGAAAUGAAGCGUUGCAGGGCGUUCCAGUUGGAGACGGGUCAGCCGGUGGAGAACGUCCGGUCUGUCUGCAGAGGAAAAGGUAAAAUCCUGGUUGGAACCAAAGAUGGAGAGAUAAUUGAGGUGGGGGAGAAGAAUGCGGCAUCCAACACCAUGAUCAAUGGACACACACAGGGAGGAAUCUGGGGGCUGAGCACACACCCCUACAAAGACGUCUUCAUCUCCGCCAGCGAUGACGGCACCAUCCGUAUAUGGGACCUGCUGGAUAAGAAACUUCUGAACAAGGUGAAUCUGGGUCAUCCUGCUAAGUGUAGCUCCUACAGUCCGAAUGGAGAGAUGGUGUCCAUCGGCAUGGAGAAUGGAGAGUUCAUUGUCCUGCUGGUCAACUCGCUCACUGUCUGGGGGAAGAAGAGAGACCGAAACAUGGCAGUCCAAGAUAUACGGUUCAGUCCAGAUAACCGGCUCCUGGCGGUGGGCUCCCUGGACAGUGCCGUAGACUUCUACGACCUUUCUCUGGGACCGUCUCUCAACCGGAUUGGGUACUGUAAAGAUAUUCCAGGCUUUGUGAUCCAGAUCGACUUCUCUGCUGACAACAAAUACAUUCAGGUGUCCACCAGCACCUACACAUGGCAGGUCCAUGAGGUUCCUUCAGGGAAGACGGUUGUUGAGCCCUCCAUCAUAGAGAGGAUCACCUGGGCUACCUGGACCAGUGUUCUGGGAGACGAGGUUUUGGGCAUUUGGCCAAGAAAUGCAGAGAAGGCAGAUGUGAACUGUGCAAGUGUUUCUCACGCCGGACUCAACCUGGUGACGGGUGACGACUUCGGCCUCAUCAAACUCUUUGACUUCCCCUGCCCGGAGAAAUUUGCAAAACACAAGCGUUACUUCGGGCACUCUGCCCAUGUGACCAACAUCCGUUUCUCCUGUGAUGAUAAAUAUGUCAUCAGUGCAGGAGGCAGCGACUGCAGUUUAUUUGUGUGGAAAUGCCAGUGAGGUGAAGCAUCUGGAGACCUGCAUCCCUUCAUCAUCUGACCUGACUUUAAAGCUGCAGCCUUGGACCCUUUAACCUGUACAGACCUGUGACUGGUCUUGUAAAGUUCAGACCUUGAAACUUCACAGACCUGUGCCCAGCCCUUUAAACUUUAAAGACCAUUAAACUGGACAGACCUGUGGCGGACCUGUUAGACUCUACAAACACAACAGCUACAACCAAUCCAAACUGGAGCUGCUAGUCAGUGAAAAAGGACAUUUCGUUCAACAAAAAUAUUUUUUUAUUCUAGACAUUUACCUGCAAAGUGCAAUGAGAUGUCAGUAGGUUUCAGUGUCUUGCUCAAAGACUGCUCAGUGGGGCAAACAGAUGUUGAUGAACACAAUCAGCUGUGCAGGAAUCA